CCCCGCACCAGUUUGUGUCGGCGCCCUCGCCAAAACCGACGUCUUCAAGACAAGGAGACACUUUUAGUUGGCAGCCAGUUCCUUGUGCAUCUGGAAGUAGUGCGCACGAUGCCGACGAGCAACAACGCGAAAAAACGGCCGUCCAGGCAGCUCAGUAAGCAGGAGGAGCUGCUCAAUUACCAGAAGGAGUACUACAAUCAGGCGGACGAGGCGAAGAAGAGCGCGAAGGAGAAGUUCCUCAAGUUCCUCUACGAUCCGGAGACCAAGCAGUUCUUCGGCAGAACCGGAUCCAGUUGGUCAAAAAUCGGCCUCUUCUACCUGAUUUUCUAUGGCAUGCUGGCGGCCCUCGUGGCCAUAUGCAUGUGGGUCUUCUUCCAAACCCUGGACCCCAGAAUACCGAAGUGGCAGCUGGACAGGUCAAUAAUCGGAACGAAUCCGGGCUUGGGAUUCAGACCGAUGCCCACGAGCAACGAGGAGAGCACCCUGAUCUGGUUCCAGGGCUCCAACAAGGACAACUUCAUGAAAUGGGUGGACAAUCUCAACAACUUCUUGGACAAGUACUACGUGCCCAGUAAGAUAGCCAAGGGCAACGGACAAAUCAAAACGUGCUCCCAAUCCGACUAUCCGCAGCAAGGGGAGGUGUGCGAGGUGGACGUGAGGGACUGGGGCGACUGCAACCGCGACCAGUUCUACUCCUAUCACAAGAACCAGCCCUGCAUCUUCCUGAAACUGAACAAAAUCUACGGCUGGACGCCCGAAUACUACGAUGAUCCGUACAACCUACCCCAGGAGAUGCCCGAAUCGCUCAAGAGCCACAUACGCUCGCUGAACAACACCAGAGACAGGCAAAAUAUUUGGGUGUCGUGCGAGGGUGAGAAUCCGGCCGAUAAGGAGUAUUUGGGACCCACCACUUAUUAUCCGAAGCAGGUCCAGGGAUUCCCCGGCUACUAUUUCCCCUAUUUGAACUCCGAGGGGUAUCUCAGCCCGCUGGUGGCCAUCAAGUUCGACAGGCCAGUUUCCGGAAUCGUAAUUAACGUGGAAUGCAGAGCCUGGGCCAAGAAUAUCAAGUACAACCGACAAGACAGAAUAGGUUCGGUUCAUUUUGAAUUGCUGAUCGACUAAAACCCUACAUCCCGUAGCUUUAAACAAUUAUACACAUUCCACAUUUUUCGAAAAUUUUACACUGCGGUUUCUCUUUUUGAUACAUGAGGGUGUUUUUUACCAAAUGACGAUGGUACAAAAUGUAUUAAAGUAGUAACGUUUUCGAUUAAUAUACACUGAUGUAUUAACUAGUAAGCAAUAAAACCGUUUCCAAGAUGAUUUAUUGUGUUCGUAGUAAUUUUUAACUUGUAAAUAGGUCUAUGUUUAUUUUUGUUUUUGUUGUUUAUAUUUUACAAUUGAAUCUCAGCGUUUUAUUUAUUAUUUUACGAAAUGUAUAAUCGACUCUAAUUAAUUUGACGCUUAUUAUCAGGCAUCUCGGAACAGGUUGCUGCUGUUUAUAUUCUAAAAUAUGAUGAACAAUUUUAUAUACAUUUACUGUUUAAUAUAUUUAUAAGCAAUAAAAGUUUAUAAAAAGUU